AUGUGUGUGCAUCGCGCGAGGACUGCAGGGGUGGCGAAGAGCGACAACGCUUGUGUGAGGGAAACGGAAAGCGUGGAAGGAGCAGGGGAGAGGGCGCGGGGUUGGCAGCAGUGGUCGCUAGAUCGAAGCGACACGCAGAGCGACAUUGCUGGCAUGAAUGAAUGGCCGAGGGAGAUGGAGAAGUAUCUGGUGGAUAAGGAAAGGAUGAUGAUGACAUGGCGGCACACGGAAGAGGGGGGAGAGCGGUGGAAUAUGUGCGAGGAAGGUAGGGAUGAGCAUGCACGCUCAGCGCAACAACUCGCUCUUCCCACACAGGGAAGCGGUGGUGGUGGUGGUGGUGGUGCUGUUGCUGCGACUAGAAAAGCAAGAGCAGGGAGAGCAGGAGAGGUGGCAUGGAUAGGAGAAAGGAAGGGAGCAGUGGGCCUCAAGGCUAGCACGGUGGUAUACCACCCACCCUUCAGCAGCUACCGGCACCAGGCUGACAUGGCAGCCCUAGACGAGGCUGAGGGAGCUGGAGCAGCAGUUGGAGAGAGAGAGGAGGAGGAGGGAGGAGGAGGAGGAGGAGGAGGAGGAGGAGGAGGAGGAGGAGGAGGAGGAGGAGGAAGAAGAAGAGUUGUAGGACAAAAGGGCCACGGAGCAGCGAGAGCAAUAGAAGCAGAGGGAGCCAAUGGGUGUAUGUGUGAAGCAAGAUGUGGGAAUGGUGUAAGCAGUAGCACCAUCCAUGCUAUAGUCCCGGAUAGACACGAGGCAAGAGAGGGCAAUGAGGGCCUGGCAGCAGGAAGUGGCACCACCAGUGAGGGUUGGGGGCAGCGCACGGGAGGGGAGUAG